AUUGGAGCUGUCUGUCUUGUAGAGUGUAGCUGUCUUUCGCUUUCGUUUUCACGUCCUUUCCUUUGUUUUCGAGAUGACUUUUACGUGGAGUAAAGAUUUGGAAAGGGCACUGCUAGAGCUGUGGCACCUUGUGGGGAAGAGAUUCGACAAGAAGAUGAAGACAGCAAAGGAGAAGAGGGAAUGGGCGAGGAAACGAUUAAUUGAGAUGAAGGCGGAGGGAACAAUCUACAUUGCACCAGGAGCAGGGGAUGUUGACGACCUGACUGACGAAAUCGUGAAGAAUAAAAUCGACGGCCUGAAACGGACUGGGCGCAAGUAUAUGGAUAAAUUUGUAGUGCCAGCAUUAAAAAGAAAUAAGAAGGAGCCACCGACAGGAUCAGCUGUGGACGAUGACGAUGUGGACGGAGAUGAUGGCGUCGGUAUCCCUCUCGACUGGGAGGAUUUGGAGAAGAAGUCCAAGUGGCACCUACUACAUGCAUACUUUACUUUAUUUGGCGACCACCCAACUUGGGGUCCAGGUCUCGGUGGUGCUGUUGACACCGCAACAGUGGUCGAGGAUUCAGCUGCCACCUGUGCUGAUGAUGGAGAGACAUGCAAAGCGGAGCCUCCAGCCUCUCCAAGCACCAGCAACUUUGAAGCUGACCAACUUCACUGCCCGACUCUAAAGAGGAAGCGAUCAGAGGACAGCGAUGAUGAUGCUGAUGCUGAUGAUGAUGCUGAUGCUGAUGAUAUUGCCACACCCGUCACACCCGUCACACCACCCGCAAAGAUGAAGGCCGAGAAAAAGGAUACUCUGGCAGGUAGCACAACACCACGGGUGGCAAGUCAGCAACGUCAGUUCCUUGCACAGUACGCUGAAAUCCAGGAGAAGCAUCAAGAGAAAGAGCAUGCGUUUCAGACAUCGUUGAUGCAGCAAAAAAUGAAGUUUCAAUCUAAUCUAUCGCAAGACCGAAAUGCCCACCUCCAGCAGCACCAGGCAUUCCAGGCAGGUUUGUUGCAGAAUAUGAUGGCGUUCCAGGCCAAGCUCCUGAAGAAUAUUCUGAAUGAUGACGAUAAAGAUGAAUAGACAAUGCCUUUAAUGGUAGCCACCUUCAAGAGUAUCCACAGUGACAUUUCAGGCACUUGAUAGCGGUACUGUCAGUUAACUGUAGCUGUGAACAGACGUAUUUGCUACACAUUUAAAUUGGGAUUAUCCCAUAGCUCACCAACAAUUUGAUUUACUUGCAUGCCGUACUUGUUUCUUCUAAAUUGUUAUUAUACGUGUCUGUUAUUGUGAGCAGACGUAUUUUCUACACAUCGUUGUUAUUAUUAUGCUAUGGCUUGCCUACACGCUGUUUACUGCUAUAUCAUUCUGUUUUCUUCUAUUUUAUUAAUAUUUUAGUCAGUGCCUUUUGUGAGAGCAAUCAUUUCCUGGCCUGGCCAGUCUCGCCUCGUGAUCAAUCAUUUCCGGAUGUAAUGAAGGAACAGUGUGCGUGUGGGGGUGGGGGUGCAGAUUGGUGGUUGAUGCGCGUGUGUCUGUGAUGGUUAAUAGAGAAUGUAGAAGCAUGGGGUGUGCUUGAGACGAGCGAGACCAGUUUGGGUGUUCGUGGAUGAACAGGUCUAUGUGUAGGCAUGGAGUGGUGUGUUGGAAUGCUGUAGCUGUUAAUGCAGAA